GGGGUUUUUGUUGACUGUUGCUCUUGCUUGCGUGAAUGCGGACGGUUCUGUUGUGCUGCUCCUUCAUUCACGAAUGACAAGGGAAACGCGCUUUUAGUUGAAAGCGCCCGUUUUAAUAUAGUUUAAUGAAGACUUGCACAUCCAAGUGCUGAAGUACAAAAGCGUGGUGUAUGCGAGUGACCGGGAGGUAAUUGGAAGUCAUGUCCCUCUACGAUGAUCUCGGUGUGGGUGCCAGUGACACCAAGACAGAAGGAUGGUCCAAGAACUUUAAACUGCUGCAAUCGCAACUGAAGGUGAAGAAGGCGGCUCUGACCCAGGCCAAGACCCAAAGAACGAAACAGACCACUGUCCUGGCCCCUGUCAUUGACCUCAAGCGCGGUGGUUCUGGUGAAGAGAGGCAGGUCAUUGACACUCCUCCACAUGCUCCUGCUGGACUUAAGGAUGCUGCCCCCAGUGGUUUUUCUGCUGGAGAUGUUCUGAUACCACUGGCAGAUGAGUAUGACCCGAUGUUUCCGAAUGACUACGAGAAGGUGAUGAAGCGACACAGAGAGGAACGGCAGCGGCAAAGAGAGCAGGAGAGACAGAAACAGAUUGAGGAGAGAGAAAAGAAAAGGAAGGACCGUCAUGACGCUCCCAGCGGUUUUUCAAGGUUCCCAACAGAGGAAGACUCUGACGAAGAGGACGAUUAUGAAAAAGAGCGGAGGAAACGAACUAUGGGUGGUGCCGCCAUUGCUCCUCCUUCGUCACUUGUGGAGAGAGAGGCCUCCUAUCCUGGUGAAGAUGAAGGUCGUCCAAGUAGGGGUUCAAGAGCUGCCAUCCCUCCGCCUAUGUUUGAUGAUUUGGAUCGUCCACGUUCGCCCCCGCUGCCCUCCAGCUCUUUCCUGGCCAACAUGGGAGGAACCGUGGCCCACAAAAUCAUGCAGAAGUACGGCUUCAAAGAAGGACAGGGACUGGGGAAGCACGAACAAGGCCUGAGCACGGCGCUGUCUGUGGAGAAGACCAGCAAGAGAGGAGGAAAAAUCAUCAUUGGCGACGUGGCUGAGAAACCAGGUCCCAGUCAAGCAGGACCAGCAGAGGCUCUGGGGGUUGGAGCGGCAGGUGAGGCGGACGCCUCCAAGGCAAACCCACUGACAGAGAUCCUCAAAAAUCCCACCAAGGUGGUCCUUCUGAGGAACAUGGUCGGCCGUGGAGAGGUGGACGAAGACCUGGAGGGAGAGACCAAGGAAGAGUGCGAAAAAUACGGCAAAGUGGUUAAAUGUGUCAUAUUUGAGAUUGCAGAGGUCCCGGAUGAUGAAGCAGUCAGGAUAUUUCUGGAGUUUGAAAGAGUGGAGUCAGCCAUUAAAGCUGUGGUGGACCUGAACGGACGUUACUUUGGUGGCCGGGUGGUGAAGGCCUGCUUCUACAAUCUAGACAAGUUUCGGGUGUUUGACCUGGGCGAGCAGGUCUGACGGACACACUUCACACGUGUACAUAAUCUUUUUAUACCGUCUGUUGUUUAGAUUUUCUGUGACUGAGACGUCAGCAAAUAAACUAUGUCAACAAGUUUGG